UUUAAGCUUCUACUGGGUUUGUAAAAAGCGGCCGUGCGAUUCAGAGAGUGUGUUUCCGGCUGCGAUUAAUCGAAACCCUCGGAGAAGCUUUUUACACAAUGUCCGGCGAGGAAGACGCCACCGUGAGGGAGCCACUAGAUCUGAUUCGCCUGAGUCUCGACGAGAGAAUCUAUGUCAAGCUCCGCUCUGACCGCGAACUCCGCGGCAAGCUUCACGCGUUUGAUCAGCAUUUGAACAUGAUUCUGGGUGAUGUUGAAGAAGUUAUCACAACUGUAGAAAUCGAUGACGAGACCUACGAAGAGAUCGUCAGGACGAUAAAGCGGAAUAUUCAGUAUCUGUUUGUGAGAGGAGAUGGAGUGAUAUUGGUGUCUCCACCUUUGAGGACAACCUGAGCUUAAAAAAAACUCAGAUCUGAAGCCUAACAUAAGGAAGACUCUUUUAAACAAAAAUCUUUUGUGUCCUCUCUAUGAAGAAGGCCUUUGUGACUAGUGGUGUGUCUUUUAUUCAGUCGUGUGUUGUCUAAAAACUCAAAAAACAUCAAUGUUGCUUUGAUUCCAGAAAAAACUCCUUUGGUUUUUCUA